AUUCGUUGUUAUUGAGUACCAAACUUUAUCUUGAAACUGAUAACAUACCCUCAUCUAUAUUGAUAAAAUAGAAAUGGUGGGGAGAGUAUUUUACAAAUAUGCUGGAAUUAAAUGUAAAUAAAAUAUUUGUUACGAUCUUCAUCACAGUAUUGUCGCUGCUAAUAUCUAGUGCGGCAACAAAUCAACCAGGGAUUCGAUCUUAUAAGAUUCUAGAAGGUGACAACCUGCUGGUUAUAUGUAACGUUACAAUACAAACUCCGGACGUUGAUGUUUACUGGACCAAAAACGAUACGAGUCAUUAUUUUAUGAGGAAAGGAAAACGUUUAGAAAUUCUCAACAUAAAAAGGAAUUAUUCCGGAGAUUAUCUAUGUCACACAUUAAAUACGUCAUUUUCGGUUCAAGACAGAGAUUAUGAAGAGGACAAAAUCGUUCAAGUCAUCAAUGUAGAUGUCCAGUAUCCUGCAGAAAUCAAGAAUUUCAAUGUUGAACCAUACGAAGUGAUCGAGGAUGAUACGUUCACUAUCAUUUGUGAUUUCCAAGGCAACCCUCCUCCAGUCUGGUCUAUAUUCAACAGAGAAAAGGGCUACGGUAUGAAGUCCGCUAUUGGGCCUAACAAUUCUACCCAAGUCUCGCCAGAGGUCACGUGCGACUAUUCCGGUUACUGGGAAUGUACCGGGAAAAACAUGUUAAAUUAUGGUGUCAAUGUUACACGGGGACAUAACAUCACAGUUUACUGCGCUCCUAAACCAUUGACUGGAGGAUAUAAUUACAUUAUUGUAGGUACAGUCGGUGAACCCGUUCAAUUAAACAUGAGUGCAAAGGCAAACCCUCAUGCAACUUACACGUGGUCUAAAGAUGAUGGCACAGAUAUAUCAAAUAUAACAAUACAAGACACGGAUCUAGAUGAUACAAACUUAACAUUUCCCUUGUUUUCUGUACCUUUGUUUGGGAACUAUACUUUAAAAAUGUCGAAUGCAAUAGGAACAAAUUACGCUCACUAUCAAAUACUAGCAGACGGUAAACCGGAAACGCCCACACAACUACAGAUCUCUGACGUCACUUCAGACAGUGUGACUUUACAGUGGACUUCCGGUUUUGACAUGGGUUCAAGACAACAUUUUAUUGUUAUGGAGCUGUCUGGAAAUCAAUAUAUACAAUUUUCCGACAAGGUAUACAAUAAUUAUACAAACCAUGGUAUCAACCAGACCUGGACAUAUGUGCUAGAUAAACUGUCAAGUGACACAAGUUACAACAUGACAGUUGUUGCCGUGAACGAGCAUGCGUUUAUUUCUGCACUGGCUGAUCCAUCUGUUGCCUUCAGGACUAAAUCAAAUCCAACCAGUUCAAAAACUAAUGUGACGCUGAUACUGGGUUUGACAUUCGGUACUAUAGGAACACUUGGCAUGAUCGCUUUUAUUGUUUAUGUUGUGAAAUUCAAGCGCUUAAGAUCCUCUUAUGGCACAAUGAACAGUGUGUAUUGAACAAGUAUGCAGAUCGCCAGUGGUCAUCAAACAUUGUAACAUUGCAGUUCUUGUCCACAUAAUAACCAAGCCAUUCAUUCUGUAAAAAUCAUACAUGGUGAACUUGCAAAAUGUAAUUAAAUAUUGUGUAAAAAGCAAACAAUGACAUAUACAUGUAUGUUGAAUCUUGUUCUUAUUAAAAAAUUGAAAAUAAAAAGCAAACUACAUGUACUUGAUAGAUAAUUGGCUCAUUUGGAAACUUUAAUCAUAUCAAUGCUUUAUGUGUAAAUAUUACUAAAUUUACUCCGAUUUAUCACAAUAUUGCUUACAAAUCACACAUUUUUGUUUCUUUUGAUUUUAAGUCACAUCAACACAGUAUUUGUCAUACUGCCACUUACCAGCUUUAUUGGUGGACAUGACCUCAGGUGUCCACUUACAAGGAUCGGGAACCCGAGUACAUAUGGAGUAGAACCAUCAAUAUUCAGUAAGCAUACUGGAUAGUUUCCUCAUAUGAAAGAAUUCUUAAUUGUAGAUUGGAUUGUAAUUGCCAAUUUAUUUGAAGUCGGCGACCUUAACUAACUCUGGCAUAUUUUAAAAUAUCAUAA